AUGCAGAACCAGCUCGCUCAAGACCCGGCGUCAACCCCGGUUGGACCAGUCCCUCUCUCCUUCGCCCAGGGUCCACGAAUCAAGUCCAGAUAUCCCACCGUCACGGCCGCCUUUUAUCAUCAUGCAGAGACUCAACCGCAUGUCACCGCAGCCCGUGACCUGUCUGCGCAGCAGAUCCGAGAGAUUACCUACGGCGAUCUGGCUGCCCGGGCCAACCAGCUCUCGAGGAAACUCACCGGCCUCGGGGUCAAACCGGGCGACCGAGUCCCGCUGGUCGUCAAGCGAGGCAUUGACAUGCUGGUUGGCAUUGUUGCAGUCCUCUCUUGCGGAGCUCAGUACGUGCCACUUGAUGGUGGUGUGGUGCCCGACUCUACGCUGCGGUUCGUCCUCGAACAAGCGGGCGGCAAGCACGUCUUGUGUCUCAAAUCAACAAAGCAUCGAUUCGAGACACUCGGCUGUUCCUGUGAGACGCUUGUUAUUGACGAGGACUUGGGGGAGAGCGAAGAGACUUCCCAGGCUCGGGCCUACCACGACUUGGCUAAACCAGAGCACGGGUGCUACGUCAUCUACACUUCUGGAACUACUGGAACUCCCAAAGGAGUGGACGUCACGCACAAAAAUGUGACCAACCUCGUUUGUCUUUCGCCGGGUGAUCUCGGCAUCUCAACUGGCACUCGUGUGAGCCAGGUGUUGAACAUAAGCUUUGAUAUGGCCGCAUGGGAAAUUCUCGGGUGUAUCUGCAACGGAGGCACCCUCGUCCUCCGAGGCCCGAAAUGGGAACCAUGUCUGAGAGAAGCCCAAGUUCUGAUCUGCACACCGAGCAUCUUGGCAAAGUACGAUCCUCGAGAGUACUCCAAUAUCAAAGUUGCCGCCACUGCGGGAGAACCCAGCUCUCAAAGACUCGCGGACUUGUGGGCCACGCACGCAACCUACUACAACUGCUGCGGGCCUACAGAGACUACCAUUGUGAACACCAUGCACCUGCACCAACCGGGAGAGACUUUGACCAUUGGGAAGCCGACGCCUAACAACACGGUCUAUGUCCUCGACUCUGACGGCAAGGCUCUCGGGGUCGGUGAGCCUGGGGUGAUGUGGGCUGGUGGCCAUGGCAUUUCUCGCGGCUACGUCUCUCUCCCCGAGAAGACUGCCGAGAGGUACAAGCUGGACCCUUUCACCAAGGACGGGUCUAUGAUGUACAAUACUGGUGAUCUCGGACGCUGGAGGCAAGACGGCUCCAUUGACAUCCUCGGGCGAGUCGACGACCAGAUCAAGAUCAAGGGCUUUCGAGUCGAGCUCGACGGUGUCACCGCAUCCAUCAACACGUGCCCAGCGGUCUCCAAGGCCGCCACGCUGUUCAUCCACAACGAGAUCCACGGGUUCGUCACGCCCCGGGACUGCGAUCUGGACGCCAUCCAGGUCCACGUCAGGGCCCGCCAGCCGUACUACGCCAUCCCGACCAAGUUCCACUUCCUCGAUGCCCUCCCCUUGACCUCGAACGGCAAGGUGGACAAGCGGGCUUUACAGGACCUGGUCACCGUCACGGAGAAUGACAAGAAGGAAGAGACGAGCAUCACAAUCAGGGAGACGGCAUCCAAGGAGUCCCUUUCCACAGACAGCAAGUCGUCUGUUACCGACCUCAACGCCGAGUCCUCCGCUUCCAGCUUCACCGAGGUGGACGAGAAGCCCGAUCUCGGCCGGGACGUCCCCGCGAAGACCCUGGCCCGACCCUACCGCGGCUUCGUGCACCGCAUCGCCAUCGUCUACCGCCGCCUGUUCACGAUCGUUGGCGCGCUGAACAUCGCCGCGGUCGUCGCGCUCGCUUUUGCCGGGUUCCAGAGGACCUGGCUCGGCAACCUCACGGCCAUCAACCUCCUCGUCGCCGUCCUCGCGCGCCAGGACUUCGUCAUCAACGCCCUCUACGCCGUCACCUGCAACGUGCCCAAGUCCUGGCCCCUCGCCGUCAGGAAGCGCUGCGCAAAGAUCUUCCACUUCGGCGGCGUCCACUCGGGCGCCGCCGUCUCUGCGGGCGCGUGGCUUCUGGCCACCAACAUCAGCGACGAGGUCUGCCAGCUCGCAGAGUGUCCCGUCUGGGGCUACCAGUCCACGGCUUCAAAGGUCGUGUCCUGGAUGCUCACCGGUCUCUUCACCGUCACGAUUGCGCUCGCCUGGCCCGCGUUCCGGAAGACGCACCACGACCUCUUCGAGAAGACGCACCGGUUCGUCGGCUGGACCAUGCUCGGUCUCUUCUGGGUGCAAAUCGUUCUUGGCGCCAACGAUGGGAGAGCGGCGGACAUGUCGCUAGGCGCCGCCUGCAUCCGUACUCCCGGCUUCUGGAUUCUCAUAAUGGCGACCAUGAGCAUCGCCUCUUCCUGGCUGUUCCUCAAGAAGGUCCCUGUCGAGGCCGAGGUCCUCUCCAACCACGCCGUGAGACUGCAUUUCGGCUACACGGUCCCCGUCAACGGCAGUUUCGUCAGACUGUCCCGGCGCCCUCUCCUCGAAUGGCACUCUUUCGCCACGAUCCCGGCCCCGGAAAGGGUAGAGCACCGUCCCAAGGGGUUCUCGUUGGUUGUGUCGAACGCUGGCGACUGGACCAAGAACUGCAUCGAGAAGCCGCCCACGCACAUCUGGGUGCGCGGCGUUCCCACCUGCGGUGUCAUGCGCAUCGCGACCUGCUUCAACCGCAUUGUGGUGAUCGCCACCGGCUCGGGGAUCGGACCCCUCCUUGGCCACAUCCAGGACCAGAGCUGUCCGACCCAGCUGAUCUGGUCGACCCCGCGACCCGAGCAGACCUUUGGCAAGCCGCUCCUCGACGCCAUCAAGUCCAAGAUCCCCAACGCGGUGAUCCACGACACCAAGACCAUGGGUCGCCCAGACUUGGUCAAGAUGGGCUACAAUCUUGCCAAGAGCUUCCAGGCCGAAGCUGUCAUCAUCAUCGCCAACGAAAAAAUCACAAAGAAGGUUGUCUACGGCCUCGAGACACGCGGCGUUCCAGCUUACGGUGCUAUCUGGGACUCUUGA